AUGCGGUGGUGGCACGACGCGGACGCGCGGCGAGCGGCACCGGUAGCGGAGCAGCAGCAGCGGGGCUACACAGCGGAGGGAGAGCGGCGGCAGGGGGCUGCCAAGACGCGGCCAUGGCAGGAGAGCACGGGAGGCGUCGGGGCGUGGCCAGUGACGUGCAGGGGGAGGCCGGGUCAGCUUUCAGUGUCAGAGAUGUCAGACCAAAGUGACAGUCAGAACAGGUCAGAGGAGCAACAGAAUCUUAGUAAGGGCACUAGCCCCUCCAACAAAAGUUAUGAUGAGGGUAGCAGAAGCACCCCAAGCAACCUGCCUAAGGUUGCAACUAGGCAUAGGAGGAAAAGAAAUUCAGAUUCUGAAGAUGAAGAUUUUGUGGUUGAUGAAGAGGUCACUUCCAAGAAGUUGGUCAAGAAACAACAAGUUGCUGCUGCCGCUGCUGGCAUCAAGCCAGGAAUGAAAUCUGAUGAUGAUGAGGCAGUUGGAGAUGGAAAGAAAAGAAAGAAAGCUAGAACCACCACUGCCAAAGUGCUUGGAUACCCUUCUAUGAGAAAAUCUGAUGAUGAAGAGGAUGAAGAAGAUGCUAGACCAGCACCCAAAGCUCAGAAGUUGAUGGGAGAUGCAAUUAAGUCUAGGGCUGCUCCUUCUAAGCCCAAGACUGCUUCCAAGCAAUCCUCACAAGCUCAAGCUCCAAAGCAAACUACACCCAAGAGAUCUACCAGGAACAUCCCUGCUACAGAGAAGAACAAGGCCCCAGUGCCAGAACUUCAAGAAGAGGAAGAGCCCCAAGUGCUCAGAAAACUCAAGCCUAAGAUACCUGAACAUGAUGACAACCAUCCCAUUGCUGAAACAUGA